AACACGCAACGGAAGACGAGGUUCCUAAGCAAGAUGCUGGCUCUAACCCGACUUCAAAUACUUUCGAUUUUAUUGCUUUCAGUCGCAUCUAUAAAGCCACAUCAUGACGUGGAAUACAACCGGGACUCCUUUGAAGGCGAACUGACGAAGAUUCAUCGGGAGUUACUACGUCAACGCAGAGCCGUCCAAGUCCAUCCCAGGCGAAGAGGUCACUAUAAAGAUGUCCACGACAGAAUUGGCCAAGAUACCACAUCAAUCGGUCAGACGCCUGAACCUCUGAUUACAAUAGACUCAUUAGUGACGCUGAGUACUGCCGAAUCAACAGCUCCUCCACCAACUACCGAUUCAACUGAGGCCUUCGAUACUGCAACAUUUUUAACUGAGCCAACUUUAGAUACCAUCCCAACUAUGUUUACAACAACUCCUACAACCAAAUCAACCUCCACUACAACCACUGCCCUCCCAAUUACCAUUUCCUUCCAAACUACGACUACCGCCACUUCCACUGCUCCCGCUACUUCCGCAUCCACAACUACUAUUAUCACUUCUCUCCCGACAUCCACAACCACGCCUCCUCCAAUUACCAUUUCCUUCCAAACUACGACUACCGCCACUUCCACUGCUCCCGCUACUUCCGCAUCCACAACUACUAUUUUCACUUCUCUCCCGACAUCCACAACCACGCCUCCUACGACUACCACAACCACGCCUCCCACCACUACCACAACCACGCCUCCCACCACUACCACUACUACUCCUACCACCACAACCACGAAGAUCCCAGUCAUAGUAACUCCCGACUUCAACGCUACCAUCUCUGGCAGAUGCACUCUCCUUACAAUUUCUCCGUCACACUACCAACUGCUCAGUCCUAACUACCCCAGACGCUACAAGCCAAAUGAACGGUGCAAGAUCGUCAUCACGCCGAAAAGACCGCGAUUGAUGAAAGUGACGCCGUCGGUGAAGCGCCUUGGCGUCGAUGACAGACUGAUCAUCAAGUCUCCGUACAAGAAUACGCUCAGGUUGACGAAAAAUUACACGAGAUCGGAAUUGUAUCCGACGGCCGCACUGGAGAUCACGUUUCGAGCCGCCAAGGUGAAACAGGGACGAAAUUUCACGAUCGACCUGGAGGUUCUUACCAACAAGUGCAACCGCAUAAUCUCCAUACCCGAAGGGGGGUCUGGCACGUUGGAAUUACCCGGAAAUUUUGCAUCGCAGCCGCAGUGCGAAUGGUGGCUUAAGGCUCCCGCAGGCCGCAAAAUCGAGUUGAAGUUUGAAGAAGCUGAUCUCCAACGCCUCAACUGCAGGAAGAACUACGUUGUAGUGAACACCCAAGGCCUGCCUGACUAUGAUAUGAAAAACAAAUAUACGGCCGGCAACAAUCGCUUCUGUAGAAACGAAGCGGCAAAAACCCUGACCUCCGUAGGCAACCGCAUGAACGUUCUCAUCAACGCCCGGCCUGCGAAAAUGAAUUUCCGCGCCACGUACACUCUCGUGUGAUG